CUCUCUUCCUUUCCUAUUUAUUUUUAAAAUAAAUCUUCCCUUUUAGGCAAAAAUGCUUCAAGAGUUUCCCCCAAAAGGGGUCCUGAGGAGGAGGUAGAUGGGGGCGGGGGGCUAGGAGGAAGAGGAAGCAGAUGCAUGGCUACUUUGCACACCUCAGCUCUGCCACUGCACCCUGAAGUCUCACUCUUCCCUCUUUAGACUUAGGGACUCCCCACAUGCUCCCUCCACCCCAGACUCUCCUUCCUCUGAAAACCAUGUUUUAUGCAAUUUCUUUCCACUUUUGAUUUUUUAAAAAAAAUUAUUGGGAAAAAUAUAUUGGUUUAAUGAUGUGGACUCACUCCAUGGAGUAUCAAACCAGGAUUUCCUGUAGGAUUUCUGGGGAUCUCCCUGAGCUGGGAGGGAGUUCCUCCCAUGGAGAAAUCAAGAUGUAAUUUUAGAAGGGGGCAGAUAUAAAAGAUGAAAUCAGAUUGAAAAUACAGGGAUUUCUCCAGCCCUGGCUGUGGCUACAGCACAGUAAAGUUAGCUGGAGCUGAGAGAUUUCCUGGGAGUGCAGCUCUCCUUUUCUGGGCCCCAAGGCCCUGCUCGGGGACAUUCACCCUUCCUUCACCUUCAAAUCAGUUCCCUUACAUAUAUAUUUUUAAAAGAAAUCCAAGUCUUACUUUCAAAGCACACACUUAGUCUCAACUAGGGAAUCAACAGAAGCAGAAGCGAUUUUUUUCCCCCUUCUUGACAUCUGGCUUGCGAUUGGCUGGGAGGGGGUCAGCUGACUUUGUCAUUUUGUCUGUCCUGGAUUGGAGCCGUCCCUAUAACCAUCUAGUUCCGAGUACAAACUGGAGACAGAAAUAAAUAUUAAAGAAAUCAUAGCCCGACCAGGUAAAGGCAAAGGGAUGAAUUCCUACUUCACUAACCCUUCCUUAUCCUGCCACCUCGCCGGGGGCCAGGACGUCCUCCCCAACGUCGCCCUCAAUUCCACCGCCUAUGAUCCAGUGAGGCAUUUCUCGACCUAUGGAGCGGCCGUUGCCCAGAACCGGAUCUACUCGACUCCCUUUUAUUCGCCACAGGAGAAUGUCGUGUUCAGUUCCAGCCGAGGGCCGUAUGACUAUGGAUCUAAUUCCUUUUACCAGGAGAAAGACAUGCUCUCAAACUGCAGACAAAACACCUUAGGACAUAACACACAGACCUCAAUCGCUCAGGAUUUUAGUUCUGAGCAGGGCAGGACUGCGCCCCAGGACCAGAAAGCCAGUAUCCAGAUUUACCCCUGGAUGCAGCGAAUGAAUUCGCACAGUGUGUAUUUUGUGCCCGGAUCUCUAGGGGUCGGCUAUGGAGCGGACCGGAGGCGCGGUCGCCAGAUCUACUCGCGGUACCAGACCCUGGAACUGGAGAAGGAAUUUCACUUCAACCGCUACCUAACGCGGCGCCGGCGCAUCGAGAUCGCCAACGCGCUCUGCCUGACCGAGCGACAGAUCAAAAUCUGGUUCCAGAACCGCCGGAUGAAGUGGAAAAAAGAGUCUAAUCUCACGUCCACGCUCUCAGGGGGCGGCGGAGGGGCCGCGGUCGACAGCCUGGGCGGAAAAGAGGAAAAGCAGGAAGAGACAGAAGAGGAGAAGCAGAAAGAGUGACCAGGACUGUCCCUGCCACCCCUCUCUCUCCUGCUCCCUCGCUCCCCCCAACUCCCUCCUAAUCACACACUCUGUAUUUAUCACUGGCACAAUUGAUGUUCGGACUUCCUGAGACAAAAUUCGGGAGUCAAAUAUGGACCUGAAAAGUCAGCUCUGGACCCCCUCCCUCACCGCACAGACUCUUUCACAAGGCGCCUCCUCCUGCUCCCUCGCUAGUUCGUUCUCGGCUCGUCUGCAGGCCCCUUCCCUCGCCCAAGCCUUGGGGCUCGUGCCUGAACCUCGCCUCAGACUCCACAGAUCUCCCUCCAAACGAGGACUUGACCUCCCACCCUCUCGGCGCCCCCCACCCGCGCCCCCGCGCAGAAAGCCGGCUCCCGGGCCCGGGAGCCUCCGCUCCCAGGCCUCAGGGCCCGGCGUGGCAGCCGGGGAGGGCGGGAGGCCCAAGUAGGGCGCGUGGUGGUCCCACAGCAACCCCCAGAGCCUGCCCGCAGCCCCCGCCCGGCCCCUCUGCCCCAGCAAAUGCCCAACCCAGGCGAAUUGUAUUUAAAGAAUCCUGGGGAUCAUUAUGGCAUAUUACAAACUGUGACCAUUUCUGUGUGAAUAUUUUUAGCUGUAUUUGUGGUCUCUGUAUUUAUAUUUAUGUUUAGCACCGUCAGUGUUCCAAUCCCAUCUUAAAAAGGAAAAAAAAAAGAGGGAAAAGUACAAAAA